AUGCAAUUGAGUUUUUUACUUCAGAACUCUGAAGAUGAGAACAUAAAGAGGAUCUUGUUGCCGAAAAUUCGGCAUUUGACUCUGGGACUGCUCUCCAACCAUCGGCUUCCCAUCCGUCAGUUGGCGGUGUCAAUCUACACAACUUGUGUCUCCUUCAUGCAUCCAGAGAAUCAGGCAAAAAUCCUUGGGAACGCCAUUGAUACACUGGACCUCGACAUCUCGACUAGAAUGGAUGAAAUCGCCAAUAAUAUCACAAGUGGGAAACCGAAGUUGAGUCAGUACUUGGUUGAGAGCCUCACCAUUCUCAGCGCCGAGAUCACCAAUGUAAGUCCAUUUAUGACAAAAAAGUGCCAUUUAAAGGAAUUCAACUCAUCGCUAAGUCAAACAAACCAUACCUGUGACCUGAUCAUUUGA